AAGGUAUAUACGCAAAAGCUUGGAGUUUCGAUGUAAAGUCUACGUUGGAGCCCCAGACCUUUUAAGAGAGCAUUAUCAAGCAUUUCAAUUAAGUGCCUUAAAUUUUGCCGCAGACUUUUUUAAAGAGAUUGGCCAUUUUGUCAAGGCAAGAAUGUCAAACGACAGCGUCAGUGGUUCGUGUGUUGGCGUUUCUGCACCAAGAUAUCUUUCCAUCCUCACUACGACAGUGUCUUUAGGUCUUACACUAGUAACUGUUCCAGGAAACUCUCUGAUAUGUUACGCCAUUCUGAAAGAUCCAUUCCACGAGCUACGAACCCCGUUCACUUUUCUGAUUCUAAGUCUCGCGAUGACAGACCUCUUGGUUGGAAUCUUAAUGGAUCCGAUAUCGACAGUAUUCCAUCUUAGCGAAGCACUCAAAAUAGACCUCGUAGAUAUUCGGGUCCUCCACAUAUCUUACUUCAUUCUGUCGACAGCUUCGAUCCUCUCUUUAGGUGCAUUGACAAUCGACAGAUACGUUGCUGUGAUCUACCCUCUGAAAUACAAAAGCUAUUUGUCUACAAAGAAGUGUAUCUAUCUAUCCUUGGUUAUUUGGCUGGUAUCGAUAGGACUUAGUAUGGUUUAUUUUAAAUUUGGGUAUAUAUUUUACUCUUUAAUUUUCGCCAGUACCGCUGUUCUUCUAACUUUUCUGGUACUAUUGUUCGUCUAUGUCAGCAUCUUCAAUCGUCUUCGUAAACAGGUAAGGUCAUUAAGCCGUCAAAGAGCUUCGAGCACACAAGCAAACAGAGUGAAUAAAAAGAAAAUCUCCAGUUUAAAAUGGGAAGCGAAGGUUACAAAGGCUUUGGUACUAGUCUUACUCGCCUAUAUUCUCUGCUUCGCUCCAGCAUGCAUCAUUAUUUACGUCCUAAACUUUU